AUGAAUAAUAACACAACUGAGUUUCUUCUCUGGGAAUUCUCAAAGAUUUGGGAGUUACAGAUUAUGCAUGUGAUUUUAUUACUCAUACUAUAUUUAAUGACCAUAAUAGGGAACCUUCUCAUCAUCUCUGCUAUUGCAUAUGACCGCCACCUUCACAGACCCAUGUACUUCUUCCUGAUAAAUUUAGCAUUUCAAGACAUUGGCUCAGUUUCAGUCAUUAUCCCCAAAGCUGUUUUUAAUUCCUUUAUGAAUAUCAGAUAUAUUUCUUAUUAUGGAUGUAUUGCUCAAGUCCUCUUGUUGGUCUUCUUUCUUGGCUCUGAUAUUCUGUCCCUUACUGUUAUGGCCUAUGAUCGGUAUGUUGCUAUUUGCAAUCCUUUACAAUAUGAAAUGAUAAUGAACAGGAAAGCUUGCACCAAAAUGAUUAGCAGUGUGUGGAUAGCCAGCCUUGUCAAUGCUUCUUUGCACACUAUUGUCACUUUUAUUUCUCCUUUCUGCUCUAAUAUUGUUAAUCAGUUCUACUGUGAAGUCCCAUAUUUACUUAAAAUUGCCUGUUCUGUUUCAUUUGCAACUAAAUUUGGAGUUUUAAUGUUUAGUAUUAUACUAACAGCUGGCUGUUUUGUUUUUGUCAUUGUCACCUAUGUACAUGCCUUCUCUGCAGUUCUGAGAAUUCCUUCUGUUCAAGGAAGGAAAAAAGCCUUAUCUACAUGCCUACCACAUGUUAUUGUCUUCUUCUUAUUUGUGUUUACUGCUUCUUUUGCUUACCUAAAACCUAUCACUGACCAUCCAUCAUUCACUGACUUCAUAAUAACAUUAAUGUAUUCAAUUAUUCCAUCUAUGUUGAAUCCAAUAAUCUAUAGUCUGAGAAACAAAGACAUCAAAGUCAGUCUUAUAAGACUUUUUGAUCAAAUAUUGUUGUUUAAGAAGAAUUAA